AUGGCAGAACAAGGGACGAUGUUCGAACAUUGCGUUUUCUCUUUUGUUCAAAGUCGAGAUCUUCAACAGUCGCAGAUUGUCCAACUGCAAGAAACCGUAGAGGACCACGGUGGAAAGGUUUUAGAGUUGAAAAGGGAUGGGAAAAUCAGGAUCGACGAUGUCACUCACAUCUUAUCGACGACUAGCGACUUUCCCCAGUACCCCGAGGCGCGAAAUGGCAUGAUCAAUGUGGUAAAGCCAUCAUGGAUCACAGAAUCGCUUUUGAAAAAUAAAGCUGCUCCUACAAGACCGCAUACGCCAGACCCAAACCUCAUAUUUUCAAACACUACCAUCUCGUGCGCCGAUAUACCGUCGGGUGAUAGAGAUGCAAUCGUAGGCGCAGUUCUGGCGAUGGGAGGAUCGGAAUCAAGUUCUCUUACGAAGCUAUGCACACAUCUUUGUGCUUUGACGAUGGACAAUCCCAAAUGUAUUCUUGUCAAAGAGAGAAACCUGAAGUGUAAGAUCGUUCUGCCUCAUUGGUUUGAUGAUUGCUUGAGACUUGGGAAGCGCAUAAGCGAAGAGCCCUAUCUUCUCCCGGAUCCAGAAAUACUGCGAGCGACUAAAGACGACGUACUACAAAUACCAGCAUCUGAGUACAUCCAAGGAGCUUCAUCUACAAGACCCGAGUCAUUACCGUUAACCACCGAUUCCCCACGUCGAUUAGAUGUCUUUCAGGGUAAGACACUCAUGAUAUCUGAAGAUCUUGAAAUGGGUAGCCGGACACGAAAAGUGAUAGAAGAUCUCAUCAGAGGCGGUGGUGGAUCUAUAACAAGCUCAGUUCAUAACGCAGAUAUGUUUGUGUGCCACUGGCGCGAUGGACGAGAUUAUAUCACAGCUGCAUGCGCUGGUAUUGACGUAGGAAAUCUUUCCUGGCUUUACCAUUUGAUUACCCACAACGAGUGGACAUCGCCCAUGAAACGCCUACUUCAUUAUCCUUUACCAAAAGGCGGAUUGCCUGGCUUUCAAGGGCUUUGCAUUACAUUAUCCAAUUAUGGUGGGGAUGCGCGCACGUAUCUCGAAAACCUCAUCACCGCAACCGGUGCGACAUUUACGAAAAGCAUGAAGGAGAAUAAUACACAUGUGGUAACGGCGCGCGAUUCUGGAGAGAAAUGUAAUGCUGCGAAGGAAUGGGGUAUUGAGAUAAUCAACCAUCUUUGGAUCGAGGAAAGUUAUGCGAGAUGCGAAAUCCAACGACUUACCGAGCCUCGAUAUACUCACUUUCCACCACGCACGAAUUUGGGGGAGGUCAUUGGCCAGACGCCAUUCGAUCUGAAAGCAUUGAAGAAGGCAUAUUUCCCCAGAGCGCCCACGCCCAGCCCAAGCUCCCUUAGACGACCAGUAAUGCAUGAGAAAGACCGGAACCUCUCCAGCUCAAAGCUCUCUGAUGACGAGAGUGCAAUGAGCCAGGACGAGGCAAAUGAAGCAGUUAAACGAACGAUUGUGAAGCAAGUGAAGCAGAUAGUUAAGGGUCGUGCAAAGUCUACUACGAAUCCGAAAUUGAGUACCCCGUUGGCCAAUCGUCGGAUAAGCGCAGGGAAGGAAAACGAUACCCCUUCAUCAACGGGAAGUAGAAGCGCAAAAGCGCGUGCUCUGUCAAAUCUUCAUGGAAUGGCACCUGAUAUUGCACUUUAUGAGAAGGAGAAGAAGAGAAAAGGUCCAAUUUGGGGCGGAGAGCGUGCUGCCAAUGAAGUCGAAAAACAGAGAGCCCUUGAUCGUAGUUCUAGUCCCGCAACCAAGCAGGAGGAGGAAGAAUUCUCUGCGGAAGACACCCCGAACGCAAAAAGGCAACGAUUGAGUUUGGACAAGAAGAAACCGAAGACAGUCCCGAUCGAGGUCCAACUGGUCGUUACCGGUUAUUCAGGAUGGGUCAAUAACGUAGCAAAGGAAGAUUCAGACAAGAAAAAGUUACGUGAACUCGGAAUUCAUGUCAUUCAGGAUGCGAGAAAAUGCUCUCAUCUAGCUGCUCCCAACUUGGUACGAACCAAGAAGUUCCUAUGUGCCCUCGCUAUGGGCCCCACAAUCAUUUCAACGGACUUCAUCGAGGCGUGUUCGAGUGUGAAAAAAGGUGGCCCACCAGAUAUCGAGGACUAUGUUUUGAAAGAUACUGCAAACGAGAAGAAGUUCGGGUUGAAACUGAAGGACGUUGUGCAACGAGCGAAGGCUAACAAGCGAUCACUUCUGCGACCUGUGCCGAUAUAUUGCACCAAAGAUAUUCCCAACGGCCCAGAGACCUACAAGGAGAUCGUGGAGGCGAACGGCGGCCAUUUUGCCCUUUACACGGGCAAGCCUGUUAUUAGGAAAAUAAAUCCAGAAGAGGACGACGCAGGGGGGGAGCCCGUGUACUUGGUUUCCGGUGACAAGCCAAGUGAAAGAAGACUUUGGACCAGCUUCAUUGAGAUGGCUGAAGCUGGCAAUAUGGAGCCUAGGAUUGUGACGACUGAUUGGUUAUUGGAUGUUGCUAUGAGCCAGCAAUUGAAAUGGGAUGAAAAGUAUAUGGUUGGAUUGACUUGA